CAAAUAGCCGUUGAAGACAGAUGCUGUGCGGCCUCUGUAAGUUUCUAUCUCGCGAGUUCUCGUCACGGAAUCCGAGUUUUUCGUACGAGAAUUUAGUGCGGAGUUUAACAUAAAAGUGUCGUGCUUCUUGAGACGUGAAAUUGGGCCGGGCGACAUCGAGGACAGUUCCUCACAUCUAACGCCAUUUCGUCGCUCAAAGUCACUCGGUUGGCAUGUAUUCAUCCUUGGAGGCGGAGAGCAAGAGGGAAUUCGAACGGCAGGAUCUGAAAAUGUCGAGCCCCAGGAGUAGCGGAGCCGGCAGCGGAACGACGGUCAUCCGAGAAGGCACCAGGGUCGUCCUCAGGGAAAUCACAGCGACGUUGAACAAUUCUCCGCCGAUGCAGACCUCACGUAAGAAGGAUCCGAGGGAGCAGAACGGCGCCAAGGCGGAGCACGAGGUGAAGGUGCGCUUCGCCAGGGAGUUCGCCGACGUCGGGCCCUCCUCGCUCUACUCCGGGCCGGACAGCCUCUCCUCGGCGAGCAGCUUCCAGAGCCUCGCCAGCACCCUCAGCUCGAAGAGCAGCAGCGGAAUCUGCGCCGACUCGGUGCCCCACACUCCCAGGAAACCGCUCGACGAGUCCUACACGAGCACCGACAUCCCCGGGGUCGACGAUCUGAUCCUGGCCUGCGCGAGCAUCCGGCUAGACGAGGAUCAUCGCCGGCGACAGGAGUCGGAGGGCUCCGCGAGCGAGGCGGACCUUAGCCAGGAUCAAACCUUCACCUCCGCGGUCGGCGAGGACGUCCACUCGACCCGCCUCGAGGAGUCCUCGUUGCGACCCGAGGGCUGCGACGCCGAUCCUGGGAAUCUUCUGGGAAAGACCUCUCGGUCGGUAUUCUCUUCGCCGGAGGUCUCGCCCUCUCCGGACACCGGAGAAUCCUCCAUCGGUGGAUCUGGCGAUACCUCCGCGAACGAGACCAAGGAGUCCUCUACGUCGGGCUCCUUCUCGAUACCCGAGGUCGUACCCCUGGACGCUGCCGACAGGACUUUCGAGCGGAUCGAUAACUCCGACUCGUUUCCUCCGGGUGAUCCCGACGUCCAAGACCUGAACAAGACCAUCGACGUUCUGGUGGAAGGUUUACGGUCGAAGGAGAACUCUACGACUUACGGGAGCCAGGAUAGACCCCAGGAUCUCGGAGAAGAUCGGGGAAUCGCUGCGAACCCUACCUCCUCGUCUCGACCCAGGUCGGGUUUAGACGUUAAUCCGUCCGCCGAUGGUGGAAGACCUCCGCCACUCCCGGACAUAUCUGGCAACCUACCCUUUGCUUCACUGGUGAACGAGCCUCUGGAGAGGCCAUUUAGUCCUUCUUUGAAGUUUGUCACCACCCGGAGGUCCGUUUCUCCGGAAGUCAGGCCGAUCAACGAGACUUUCCAGGUUCCUUCGGAACCUCCCUGCGUCCGGGAGGUCGUUCGUGAGGCUUCGCCGACAGCGGUUCCCGAAGUCCGUACCUCGGCGACGGUGAUACCUGAAAUCCCUGUUUCGGCGAUUUCGAGCCCGCUCAACUUAACUCAGAUCUUCGGCAUCGAGGCUGCUCCUGCGGAACGUACUUUCCCGGUUCCUCCGGAGGUCCCCGGUAUCAUCGAGAAACCUCCAGAAAAUUCCGCCAAGCCGGAGGAGUCGAACAAUGUCAUUCCGGUGAAGGUCCAGGAGAACCUUGAAGAGGCCCCGAGUCGUCCUGCCAUCCUCGUAGACAAGAUCGCUCCAGUCGGCGACGUCGACGUCGGCCCUCCUCACCUGGAAGAAAAGGUCGGACAGCCGAGCUCUGCACCUCUUCCGGUGCCUCGACCUCUCCCGGACGGAGAGGUCUCACCUGUGGUCGAAGAGGUCAUUCCCGAGGCACUUCCUGGGAAGGAUCAGGGCCCAAAGGAACCGGCAGCGAAAGAGACUGAACGGUGUAAUCUAGAAAGCUUCAAACAAGUCGUACCUAGCAUAGUCGUAAAUAAGGGCGAGCCCGAAAUCGCGGUAAAGGUGGACGCGGCGUCUCCUGUCCCGGAAGACCUAGACAAGGAAGAGCUUCCCUUGAUAUCCGAGGUCCUCGACGACACGGCCCCUUUGAACGACACCUGGGAGGUCGCUGCCCCUGGACCCAAGAACGACCCCUGCGAGGUCGCUGCUCCUGGUCCAGAGAACGACGUGUACGUCUCGUUCAAGCCUCAACAACAGAGCACAACCUUGAAUUCGGAGGGUCGUCUGGACUUUGAGAAAUUGGAACUAGCCGCGCAGGCUGUCGCGAACGACAUUUAUCAGACCUCCUUGGGGAUCUCGGAAGAGACUGAUCAGUUCGUCAGCGCCACCUGUGAACUCUUCCAAGACCCCAGCACCUUCGACUUCCUGCUGGGAAGGACCGCCUCGCACAAUCCGGCUCGCAACUUGAGAGCGGACUCCUUGUACGUAAAGUUCGACCCGUUGGUCUCGAACGUUAGCAUGUUACCACAGGGGAAUUGCCAGCCGGUGGAGGAAGAGAAGAACGUCAAUAACGAGGCCCCGGAGGUAGCCAAUACCCCGAAACGAAGUCCCGCCCUGGCGGCCAUCGACAAGCUCCUCUUCUACAGCCCCAGCCCCACCGUUCCUCCGAGGAAGUCCGAGGGCAAGCAGGGGAAAAAGGAGGAAGAACCCGUGGAAGCCCCCUCCACUAAUGGCCCUUUAAUCGACUCCGACAUGACCAAAGAACUGGAGCUGGUGAGGACGACGGUCUUGCAGCUCGAGGAUCAACUCCAGAAGACGAAGCAACACGUGACGGAAAUGGAGAAGCAGAAGGCGGCCCUGGAGGAGAAAGUCAACCAGCUGCAGACCCAACUGGCACAGGAGAUCAAGAACACCAAGCAGAUGUCGGUCGUCGUGAGCGAGUACGAGAAGUCGAUAAGCCGACUUCUGGCCGAUAAGGAGAGGGACCGGGAGAGCCUCGAGCAGGAGAAGAUGAAACUCCAGGAGGAGCUCCAGGCGACCAAUCAUCAUCUCAGUAAUACCGAAGCGGCGUUCAAUGACGUUCAUAUGAAGUACGAACGACUGAAGGGGGUAGUGGCGGCUUACAAGAGCAACGAGACCGUUCUCAAGGAAAGUAUUACGGAAAACGUGGAGACGAUCAAGGCUCUGGAGUCUCGGUACGAUCAGCUGAAGAGCCACGCCAUGACUCAACUCGAGAAAGCCAACUUGGAGCUGGAGUCUAUACGUAAACAGCAGGAGGCCGAGACCGUGAGAUUACAAGCCAUGGUGAAGAAAGCGGAGCUGAAGAGCAACUCGUUCGCCGAACUGGUUGAGCAGAAGACGAAGGAGAACAAAGAACUCGCGAAGAUAUUGGACGAGGUGAUCAGCAGGGUUGGUUGCCAGAACGUCAAGUGAGAGGCCGCUUAAUGUCGUCGAAGCAGCAGGAUUAGUCCUUAUUUUUUUACUCGAUAUUAUUACUUAUAAGUACGAGGAAAUUCUAUGUAUACAUGUAUUAUUUCGAGGAAGUCAUAUUAUAUCGCGGAUAUAGUAUAUUUCGUUCCGUUUCGAAGAGGCACCUUUUCUUUUUUUUUUUUUUUAUUAAUUAUUUAUCGGUUGUAAAAUAUCCUAUCUUCGUCGCUAAUAAAAAAAACGAUUAGGCUUAAA